UCCUGAGAAAUGAAGCAUGCACCAUGUAAUGCUACCAAGAAAGAGGGUAGGCAUCUCAAAUGAAGUGAUGAGGUAGUGGGAGAGUGGUUGUAGCAGAUGUGGGUGAAGUGGGGUGAUGUGGAAGUUGGCAUGCAUGUGUAGUGGGUGACAUAUAUUAUCUAUCUCAGCUUACAAAUAUUGUUUGGCCUUGUUGGUUGGUGAAUCACAUUAUCCAGCCAUGAUCACAACACACAAGCUCAUCAUCUUCCUCACCACCUUGAUGCUCUCACUCCAUUUCUUCCUUUCUGCUGAGGCAAAGGAAUGCAGUCCUUCUGCCUGCGGUGCUAUUCGCGAUAUCAGCUCUCCUUUCCGCCUCAAGAGCGAUCCCAGGCGCCACUGUGGCGAUCCAACAUACGAACUAACAUGCGAAAACAAUGUCACCUUCAUUUAUCUAAACUCUGUCAAAUACCAUGUCAAACAUAUCAACUACCAAAACGACACCAUCAGGUUCGUUGAUGCUUCCAUAAACAACGACAUCUGCUCUUUCCCUGUCACUUCCACAUAUGCCUAUAACUUCACCGCUCCUUCUUUUUUGCCAUACUAUUCUCCUUCCGACUUUGAAGAAUUGUCAGUUAACUUGAUCAGCUGCCCGAAUCCGUUGAAAAAUCCUUUCCCCUUUAUAGACAUUACUCAAUAUUGUGACUCUAAUUCAUCAUAUCCCAGCUUUAGAUAUGUAAAUGUUGGGCACAUCAUGGCCUCAGAGCUACCACAUUUGUGUGAAUUAGAUCUAAUGGAAAAGACAUCAUGGCCGGGAUUCGAGGAUUUGACGAAUGUUUCACUUUCACAAAUCCAUCAAUCUCUCUUGUAUGGGUUUGAACUCUACUUCUGUAAUAGAUGCGAUGAACCACCCACACUAUGUGAGCAUCUCAGAUAUCGCUUAUUAGUGGAACAUACUCGCUAUCUCCUAAUUCCUAUGGCCAUUCUAGUUUUCAUAAUUGCGGGGGUAAGCCUUCCUGUGACGAUCAUCAUCGGAAUCGUUGUAGUAUUAGUACUAUCAUUUACUCAUACUUCUUUUUGGGAAAAUAUACGGCAAUACAGCUACUACUAUCAGAGUCUGAUGGGAGCAUCUAAUCACUUUGCAUUCAUUGUAUUUGUCAUGAGUUGUGUGGCAAUUAUAGUUUAUUUAACCGCAGCAUUAAACCCCCUUCUAAUAAUAAUCAUCGGAGCUGGGAUUGGAAUACUAAUCUUCCUUAUUUACUCUAGCGUACGUGUACGGCAAAAUUAUCUCGACCUCCCACCUGAUGUUUAUGACCUCGUGUUCCCUGCCCUCUUAACUGAAAUCAUCGUUUGGGCACCAAGAAUAAUCAUUUGUCCUUUGAUUUUCUGGUUUUUUAUCUACAAAUUCCGGAGAAGGCAAUUGUCAUUAUUCGAGGGAGUAGAGUCAUUCCUAAAAGGUGACAAUAAACUCGUACCAAUAAGGUAUUCCUACUCGGACUUAAAGAAGAUGACUAAGAAUUUUGAAGGUAAACUAGGGCAAGGAGGUUUUGGUUCUGUUUACAAGGGAAAGCUUCGAAGUGGUCAUCUUGUUGCAGUCAAAUUGCUCGAAAAAUCUGCCGCAAACGGGCAAGACUUCAUCAAUGAAAUAGCAACUAUUGGAAGGAUCCAUCAUGUAAACAUUGUACAACUUGUUGGAUAUUGUGCUGAAAGAUCCAAGCGUGCCCUCAUUUUUGAUUUCAUGCCAAAUGGGUCGCUCGAUAAGUACGUCUCGAAUCGAGAAGAAGCCUCUUCAUUGGAUUGGGAUAUGAAAUUUAAGAUUGCAGUUGAAGUGGCUCGGGGGAUUGAGUAUCUGCAUCAUGGUUGUGACAUCCAAAUCUUGCAUUUUGACAUCAAACCUCACAAUAUACUUCUUGAUGAGAAGUUCGUGCCAAAAAUAUCAGAUUUUGGGCUGGCAAAAUUAUGCCCCUCAAACAAGGAGGCAGUGACAUUGACGGCGGCUAGAGGAACCAUAGGCUAUGUUGCUCCUGAACUUAUCAAUAGAAGUUUUGGCACAGUGUCUUACAAGGCUGAUGUGUAUAGUUUCGGGAUGUUGUUGAUGGAAAUGGUAAACUUAAACAAAGACUUGACAUGGAAUAAUGAUGAAUCUAGUAAGUACUUUCCAAACUGGAUUUACGACCACUUGAACCAAGGUAGUAACAUUGACAUUGGAAAUGUUGAUGAAAAUGACGAUAGAAACAUUGGUCGGAAGAUGACUAUUAUUGCAUUAUGGUGUAUACAAAUGAAUCCGGACAACCGUCCAUCAAUGAAUAAGGUAUUGAAGAUGUCAGAAGGUGAUGUCGAACAUAUGCAAACUCCAAAUUAUCCAACAUAUACGGCAAGAAAUGAGGAAGAAAGUUGGACAACAGAUUCAAAUGCUUCCUUAUCAUUGUUGCAUGAUGACAAUAGUAGCAGCAUUAUUGAGAUUAUUAGUAAUGCUUGAUAUAUUUGUGUGUCUUCUAUUUUUACUUGAAACAAGUUCCACUAGUUGUGUAUUUGUGAUAUGUUCAUAAUAAGAUGUAACAUGAAGUGAAUUACCAUAUUAUUAGCUAGUUAUUUACUUACAUGGUCUUGUGAAUUAUAUUUGAAGAGUUCUUUAUUUAUCCCAU